UACAGCUUUGAUGUCUUACACGACUUGCUGUACGCGAAGUCAUCGGCGGACGAAAGGAACCAAUUCUUCGACGAGAUUUUGCCGCAAAUGAUUCAAUUGGCGCUUCGGUUGCCACACAUUGUCACGCAAUCGGUUCCGCUGUUACGGCAGAGGCAUAACACCACUCUAUUCCUAAGUCAACACCAAAUCGCGUGUCUUUUGGCGAACGCUUUCUUUUGUACUUUUCCUAAAAGGAGUCAAACGAACGUCGAGUACAAGAACUUCCCGAUCGCCAACUUCUUGGGUUUGUUCACCACUUUUGGGUCAUCGAAACGGAACAGAUCGACGACAAAGAUCGAGAAAUUAAAGUGUAUUAUCAAUUACUUCCGAAGAGUCACCAAAGAGAUGCCCAAAGGAGUGGUCAGCUUCGAGAGGAUAUCGCUGACCGACGAGGAAGUGCCCGUUUGGCGCGACUCUAAUAAAGCGCUCAAAAAACUGGUUGUCUUGAAGAACGGCUUCAUCGAGACGGAAGGCGAGGGUCUAUUGCAAGUGGACUUCGCCAACAGGUUCUUAGGCGGCGGUGUUCUCAACAAAGGCUGCGUUCAGGAGGAGAUCCGAUUCGCCAUCUGUCCGGAGCUCUUGAUUUCGAGAUUAUUUACGGAACAACUGCUGAACAACGAGGCGGUGAUCAUCAGU